AUGCAAUUGGAAUGGGUGAAGAAGCGAGAAAUGUCGGAACUAAUCAAGAAGAAGACAUCUCUUUUGCGCACACAGAGCAAGAUGCUACGCUCAAAACUGCUUGAUGAGCUGGAACAGCAGCAGAAAGCAAAGAAGGAACUAUCAGAUGUGCAGAAAGCGCAAGACUCCUUAGCAGGCAAAAAAGAGGAAGAGCAGCAGCUGAACCUACAAUUACAACCUGGCCAUACGUUUGACAACCCAGCUAAAGAGCAGCUUUUAUUUGAAAAGAUUUUCAAAGAAGCUGGAAUACAGAACAAGAAGCAAUUGGCUGUGGUGAAUGCCUUCAUGCAUGCUUGGAAAGCUUAUAAGCAAUUUGCCUGGGGUCAUGAUGAAUUAAAACCAAUUGGUCGGACUUACCAAGAAUGGUUUGGUAUUGGUCUGACCCUCGUAGACUCCCUGGACACCAUGUACAUCAUGGGAUUGAAAGAAGAGUUUUCUGAGGCUCGUGACUGGGUUGAAAAACAUAUGAGGCUUGACAUCAAUCAGGAUGUGAAUUUGUUUGAAGUAACCAUUCGUGUUCUUGGUGGACUCCUUAGUGCUUAUCAUUUGUCAGGUGACGUCAUUUUCAAACACAAAGCAGUGAGUUUCUCAUUCUUUUUUUCUUCCUAG